GCCGCAGCGGCUCCGCCCCCGGCGCGGCUCCGCUCCCGCCGCCCGCCCGGCCCCGCUCGGCUCGGCUCGGCCUGGCCCGGCCCCGCUCCGGCCCCGCUCGGCUCGGCUCGGCCUGGCCCCGCUCCCCGCCGCCCUGCCCGGCCCCGCUCCCGGCCCCGCGCUCCCGCGGCAAGAGCCCUUCCGUUCCGCGUUUCCUCCGGAUUUCUGCGUGCUUCGCCCCGCCGUGCCCGGCAGCAUGGGGCUGCCGGCGCUGGAGUUCAGCGAGUGCUGCCUGGACAGCCCGCAGUUCCGGGAGCGGCUGCGCUCCCACGAGGCCGAGCUGGACAAGACCAACAAGUUCAUCAAGGAGCUCAUCAAGGACGGGAAGUCGCUCGUCGCCGCCCUCAAGAACCUGUCGGCUGCCAAGCGCAAGUUCGCGGAUUCCCUCAACGAGUUCAAGUUCCGCUGCAUCGGUGACGCCGAGACCGACGAUGAGAUCUGCAUAGCCAAGUCUCUGCAGGAGUUUGCCACGGUGCUGCGGAACCUGGAAGACGAGCGGAUGCGCAUGAUCGAGAACGCCAGCGAGGUGCUGAUCACGCCGCUGGAGAAGUUCCGCAAGGAGCAGAUUGGGGCUGCCAAGGAUGCCAGAAAGAAAUACGACAAGGAGACUGAGAAAUACUGUGGUGUCCUAGAAAAGCACUUGAACUUGUCUUCCAAGAAGAAAGAAUCCCAGCUUCAGGAGGCAGACAGCCAGGUGGACCUGGUUCGGCAGCACUUCUAUGAGGUCUCCCUGGAAUAUGUCUUCAAGGUGCAGGAGGUCCAGGAGAGGAAGAUGUUUGAGUUUGUGGAACCUCUGCUGGCCUUUCUGCAGGGGCUGUUCACGUUCUACCACCACGGCUACGAGCUUGCAAAGGACUUCAGUGACUUCAAGACAGAGCUGACAAUCAGCAUCCAGAAUACAAGGAACCGCUUUGAAGGGACGAGGUCAGAGGUUGAAGCUUUGAUGAAGAAGAUGAAGGAGAAUCCCCACGAGCACAAAAACAUCAGCCCUUACACGAUGGAGGGGUAUCUCUACGUGCAGGAGAAGCGUCACUUUGGCACUUCCUGGGUGAAGCAUUACUGCACCUACCAGAGGGAAUCGAAGCGCAUCACGAUGGUGCCCUUCGACCAGAAGUCAGGAGGGAAAGGGGGGGAGGAUGAAGCUGUGACCCUGAAAUCCUGUACCCGGCGGAAAACAGACACCAUUGAGAAGAGGUUCUGCUUUGAUGUGGAGGCUGUGGACCGGCCCGGCGUCAUCACCAUGCAGGCGCUCUCGGAGGAGGACCGGCGGCUGUGGAUGGAGGCCAUGGACGGCCGGGAGCCGGUGUACAACUCGAACAAGGACAGCCAGAGUGAAGGCACUGCCCAGCUGGACAGCAUCGGCUUCAGCAUCAUCAAGAAGUGCAUCCACGCCGUGGAAACGAGAGGGAUCAAUGAGCAGGGGCUGUACCGCAUCGUGGGGGUGAACUCCAGGGUUCAGAAGCUGCUCAGCAUAUUGAUGGGACCAUGUGCUGGCCGAGGCUGGGAGGCCCUGGGCCCCGUGGGCAGGUCUGAAGAUCCCAAGACAGCCACAGAGACAGAGACAGAGAUCUGUGCAGAGUGGGAGAUCAAGACCAUUACUAGUGCACUGAAAACAUACCUGAGAAUGCUCCCAGGGCCCCUGAUGAUGUACCAGUUUCAAAGGAGCUUCAUCAAAGCAGCGAAGCUGGAGAAUCAGGAGUCCAGGGUGUCGGAGAUCCACAGCCUCGUUCAUCGGCUCCCGGAGAAAAACAGGCAGAUGCUGCACUUGCUCAUGAACCAUUUGGCAAAGGUUGCAGAUAAUCACAAGCAGAACCUGAUGACUGUUGCUAAUCUGGGUGUGGUGUUUGGGCCGACGCUGCUUCGACCUCAGGAGGAAACGGUGGCUGCCAUCAUGGACAUCAAAUUCCAGAACAUUGUGAUUGAAAUUUUAAUAGAGAACCACGAGAAGAUAUUCAACACGGUGCCAGAGGCGCCGGCGCCGAACUCGCAGCUGCUGCUAUCGCGCAAGAAGAGCGCGGAGUCGAAGCCUCCCUCGUGCAGCGAGCGGCCGCUGACGCUCUUCCACACGGCCCAGCCCAGCGAGAGGCAGGAGAACAGGAACAGCAUCAUCAACUCCAGCCUGGAAUCCGUCGUCUCUUCAAAUGUAAACAGCUUCCUCAACUCCAACAGUGCUCCCCAGCCCAGCCUGAACUCGAGUGAUCUUGAACUAGAAGUAAUUAAGCCAAACAGGCCAAAUUCCCUGAAGAGCCCCUCGCAAAGCCCUCCUGAGUAAGAAGAAGGAAAAAAAAGUCCAGCUGACAUUUGCUGCCUGCAGGCAGCUGCCAGAACUUCCCUGCAGCCUCUCACCAUCUCUGCUCUUUUUGUGAGAAACAAAGGAAUUUGGACCCUACAAGAAAACUGUUCUCAAAACGCCAGAGACCUUGGGAUAGCCCGUUCCCUCAUGUGCCCUGACAUCUCCAGCGAGGCAGGACUUGGGUCUGCCAGUCACAUAAGCUCAGGAAGGUGAAACUCAACAGCAGCUUGGAAAUAAAUACCUGUAUUUCAUGGGAGGGAGGUGAACCCUUCAUAGCCAUCAUCCCCCAGGUCUGUCGGUGCUGGGCAGCAGCUCACUGAGCUAUCCAUGGGCUCUUCUUGAGGAAAUGUUCUGGAAGGACUUGCAGAGCAGCUCAGUCACCGUAGGACUGUGUUCAUCUCCUCUGUGAGCACCUGAUGGGCACGGGGUGCUCUGCCCACCCCAGUGCACCCACUGUGAUCAGUGACCGCUCUCUCCGUGGCUUUCUGGGCACAGAGUGUUUCUGUGACACCAAGGAUCAAAGGCACCAAAACCCUGCUCCAAAUUAGGGAUAACUUCUCAGGCAGAGGCUGGCCCGAGUGUUGGUUCUUUCAGGCUUUUUUUCCUGGUAACUGUGGGAUCCUGCUGGGUGCAUUCCCUGCUGCCAGGCGCGGAGCGGGCGCGCGGGUCUGGAGCGAUGCCAGCGCCUUGAGGAGAAAUGGGAGCUGCAUUCUUCUGCCAUGACUGCAUCUCCAAAAGUGCAGCAGCAAUUCCAGUCCUGGAGCCCUGUGGCACGGGAUUGUCCUUCCUUUGUGCACGGAGAGGACCAGGGCUGGUGGCAGACAUGGUGGCCAUCCCACACUGGCACAGCAAUUCCAUGUCCCAGUGCCCAUCCCAGGCUGGCACAGCAGUGCCAUGUCCCAGUGCCCAUCCCUCACUGGCACAGCAGUGCCAUGUCCCAGUGCCCAUCCCAGGCUGGCACACCAGUGCCACGUCCCAGUGCCCAUCCCCAGUGCCAUGUCCCAGUGCCCAUCCCACACUGGCACACCAGUGCCAUGGCCUCUUGCACUCGAGCCUGCAGGCACAGUGCUGGGUGGGCUGCUGGGUGUUGGUGGCCACUCUCAGCAGGACAGGCUCAGCACAUUUUGGUCACAGGUCAUUGCCCCUCCAAGUCCCACCUUGGCCAGGCUCCUCGUGGGGAAGGGAACUGCUAGGCCAUCUCUUUGAAAGAACUGGUGCUUAAAGGGUUAAUUUUGGCAGUUUGGGGUGACUUGGUGACCUUGGUAACACCCUGUUUGGGGUGGGAAUAGAAGGAGUAUCUGGUAAGUACCAAUGGCUGUCAGGUUUGGUAAAGACCAAGGAAAACUCAUUUUUCAUAAGAUGGACAGUUUUGAUGAUAGAAAUGCUAAAGGAUUGUGUUUAAAUAGUGAUGAUUAUUAGCAGAACAUGUUGAGGAUCUCGUUGAAUGCCUGCCUGACAGCAUUCCCUGUUUUCCAGCCUCUGGUGAAGUCAUGCUGCACUCACUGCUGUAUCCAUUUCUCUAUCUGUGUAAUCUUCUGACACAAUAAAGGUGUUGCCUGUAA